AUGCUGCUCCGCUGUGUGCGCCCGUCGUCUACGAGCGCCGCGACCCGCCGCUCCUCGCUGUUCUGGCGCAGCUUUGCAUCAGCGUCCACUAACUCACUCGAAGUAUGUGUGCGGGAACGCCAGCUGCCACCCUUCGAGCGUCUGCAACUGGCGGAGAUCGAACCAGCGGUCAGCAAUGCCGCUGCCGACUACACGCGCGACCUGCACGAGCUUGAGAGAAAGCUUCGUGAAGCAGGCAAGAACGUCCAGUUCGGCGAUGUGGUGGACCCACUAGAGGUGCAGGGUGACGCACUAGGUCGCAUGUGGGGCAUUGUGGGCCACCUCAUGAGUGUGCGCAACUCGGAAGAGCUGCGUGCCGUGCACGACAAGCUACAGCAGCUGGUGAUCAAGACAGUAACCGAGGCUUCUCAGAGCAAGACGCUAUAUGACGCGUAUCUCGCUGUUCGAGAAAGCGACGAAUGGAGUGAGCUCGAGCUGGCUCAGCAGCGCAUCAUUGAUCUCAGUCUCCGCAGCGCGACGCUCAGCGGUGUCGGGCUCGAGGGUGAAGAGAAGGAGAAAUUCAACAAGCUCAAGCUGCGUGCUGCCGAAUUGAGCACCAAGUUCUCAUCGAAUUUGCUUGACGCUACCAAGGCCUAUUCAAUCACUAUCACUGAUACGAACGAGGUGGAGGGUCUGCCCCCUUCGCUGCUGCAAAUGUUUGCCCAGAGCGCUCGUGACGAGGGCCACGCGGAUGCCUCACCUGAGAGUGGACCGUGGCGUAUUACGCUGGACCCGCCAUCGUACGUGCAGUUCAUGAAGUACUCGGCUAAUCGCGCUUUGCGUGAGACACUCUAUCGGGCGUACGCGACCCGCGCGAGCGGCGAGUCUUUCGAUAAUGAAGGCAUCAUUUUGGAGCUCCUCCAGAUCCGCCAGCAGAUUGCGAACCUGCUUGGCUUCAAGUCGUACGCUGAGGUGAGCAUCUCGAAGAAGAUGGCACCAAGCGUGGAAGAAGUUGAAAAAAUGCACAGCGACCUUCGUGAAAAGUGCGUUGCUAUCGCCCACGAGGAAGUGGAGACCGUGGCAGAGUACGCAAAGCAGCACGGACAGACAGAGCCCCUGGCUCCCUGGGAUCUCGGUUUUUGGUCGGAGAAGCUCAAGGCGGAGAAGUAUCUGUUCACCGAUGAAGAGAUCAAGCCAUACUUCCCGCUUGAACGCGUUCUCGAUGGUCUGUUCGCCCUCACGUCUCGGUUGUUUGGUGUGACUAUCGAGGCUGCAGAUGGUCAAACCGAAGUCUGGAACUCCGACGUGCGCUUCUUCAACGUACGCAGCACCGAAGGUGACAAGGAAAUGAUCGCUCGGUUUUUUUUGGACCCGUACUCGCGUCCGAAGGAGAAGAAUGGCGGCGCGUGGAUGAACACGUGUGUGGACCGUAGCCGUCUACUUGGUCCCAAGGAGCAGGGCGGCAAGCGCAUUCCGGUGGCUUACAUCAUCUGUGAUCAAUCGCCGCCCGUGGGCGAGACGCCGAGCCUCAUGACGUUCCGUGAGGUGGAGACGCUUUUCCACGAAUUCGGCCACGGUCUGCAGCACAUGCUGACGCAAAUGGAGUACGGCGACGUGGCUGGUAUUAACGGCAUUGAAUGGGACGCUGUCGAGAUCCCAUCGCAAAUGAUGGAAAACUUCUGUUAUGACAAACACACGAUCGCUGCGAUCAGUGGGCACUACAAGACUGGUGAGCCGUUGCCUGAUGAGCUGUUCGAGAAGCUCAAGGCAGCGCGUAACUACAUGGUAGCCACGGGUAUGCUGCGUCAGCUGGGCUUCGGCGCACUGGACAUGUAUCUACACUCGCACUACUCACCAGAGGAGCCACUGUUUGCGGCACAGCGUCGUCUACUGGACGAGUACGCCGUGCUGAGCCCGCUGGAGGAAGACCGCUUCCUGUGCUCGUUCGCUCACAUCUUCGCGGGCGGCUACGCUGCAGGUUAUUACAGUUAUAAAUGGGCUGAGAUCUUGUCAUGCGAUGCUUACGGCGCCUUCGAGGAGGCAGCAAAGGAGAGUCCCGAGGCAGCAGCACGCGUUGGUCGAAAGUUCCGUGACACCAUCCUGGCGCGUGGUGGCGGCCAGCACCCGGAGCAGGUAUUUGAGGCCUUCCGCGGGCGCAAGCCGUCUAUGGUGCCGCUGCUCACGCAGUACGGCCUGGCCGAAAACUAA